GAUGGUGAAGACAGUUUUUAGGUAAAUUUAAUUGUUCACCAUUGAUAACAUGGAUGGACGAAAGGGUACCCACGACAUUCCUUGAUUCGCUUCCAAGAUGGGAGUGCGGUUGCUUGCAUGUUGGUUUUGGUAUGGUAACUCUUGCAUGGCUUCAUUCGUGUGGUCAACUUAGUGCAGCAUGGACUUGCUGUGGUACUAUCAUGGAUAUGGUCAUUUGUUACCUUUUGCAAUCCCCCAAUGCAUUUAUUGGCAUUCAGAAUGCAUUUAGCUGGGGUUAUUGCUCUUAUAAUGGAUAUUGGACUGUAUCGAAUGAAUUGGUACCAAUGCACAUACUCCCAACGAUUUGUUCAGCGGAAGAAAUUAUUGGUUCGGUCAAGCGAGCUAAUUUUUGUUUACCAACUGGUGCAAAACUUUUAGCAUCCUGUGGUGAUCUUCAGACUACCGUUUAUCCAUUGCUAGAACCUGGAACGGCUGUAUUAAAUUUGGGGACAUCAGCACAGCUCUGUUUUUCACCAACAAUAGAUCAUGUCGUUUCCACUCCCCUUCUUACGAAACCGUUCUUUGGUGAAUCCGGAAAAAAGAAAAUAAUCGUGGCCGCAUCAAUGAAUGGCGGAAAUACUUUUUCCAUUUCAGUUUUUGUUCUUAAGGAAGUUGAAAUUAAAAUCGUUGAAUGGGCCUCACAACUCAUCUCAGAUGCACACGAUCUGCAAGUGGAUUAUGAAAAGUUAAACAAUAUAUUAAGUGAAACUGGAAAAUGUCUGUCGUCUACAAUCGAUGUUCAACCAGUAUUUAUACCCGAACGUGCGAAUAAUAUUUCAUCAUGCAUUUCCGGAAUCAGUUCAAGUACCACUAUUGAAGAGCUACUUUAUCGUACAGCCUCUGGGAUCGUUUCCAACCUAUUCCGUCUUCUCUCACCUCACCAGCUUCGAGAGUGGGGCAUUAAACGCAUCAAAUUAGCUGGCAAUGCAAGUAGAAAUUAUUUCAUCGACGAAAUAAUCCGGCAAUGUCAGGGGCUGCUUGAAGUUAUCGCUUCAGCUGAUACAUAUCCGAAAUGUAAUGCAGCAUACGGUGCUGCAUUGCAUGCAUUACACUUUACACUUGCUAAAUGA